AUGUCUCAGUCGACCCCUCAACCGGCUAACCCUCUACAUUAUGUGCCGAAAAAGAGGAAGCCUUGGUCCCCUAUUCUGGCGAAUAUUCAUUCAAAUGCAGUACUCGACGACGAUGCUGCUAAACUACUGAGCAAUGUUCAGCAUACUCUAGCUGCCAAAGCCCCAGAAACGCUUAAUUUAUCAGAUCAGCUACCUACAAAGCUAUCUUCUCUUUCCCUGGAUGCAGCUCAUACCGAGAAGCGAGAGCGUUCCACCGUGAUUCAUGGAUUCCGAAAGCCGACGGUGGCUUAUCCGCAUCAUCACAGUUUACAGAAAGGAGUGUCUUCGAGAUUCUUGGCCUUCUCGACAUCGAAACUAGGCCAACUGAGGUGUUCCGAAUAA